GAUAAUGACACCACUGGGCGUCACUAGCCUCAUUCUCUCACUACUAUCUCAAGGUGUAGGGUGGAGUUACUCUCUACUGCUUUCCCGUCAACUUUUGCUGAUUGAGAGACCUGCCAAGACCGUUAAGAAGAUGAGCAAUCAACUGGCUAGUGGUCACGAGGUGGUGGCCAUGAGCGAGGAGUGGAUGGCCAGCAUGGCGCAAGAACAGACGCUCUACAAACAAGGCAUGGUCCGCUUGCUGCCUGAUGGCUGGCUCUUACCAACUUCCUUCACACAGUAUGCUGAUACCAUCUACAACUUCAAGUUUAAUUCCAGUGACGUAGUUUUGAUAGGGAUGCGCAAGUCUGGGACGACGUGGAUGCUGGAACUCCUCUGGACGAUGCUUCACAACCCUGAACUCAACAACCCAAAAGGCGACUCACCCAUCGUUCUACGAGCUCCACUUAUUGAGUUGGACAUGUUUUUCGAUAACAAGAAUUUUGCAAAAAUGAUUGAGGGAAGAGAGCAAUUUAUCAAGGAGUUUAACCAAACAUGUCCAGGGAAGAAGCUGAAAGACGGAGUGUUUCUAGAGUUGACUGAGGCUUUACCGGCUCCUCGUGUAAUCAGGACCCACCUUCCACUCUCUCUCCUGCCUCCUGAUCUUCUUGACAAAGCUAAGGUGGUAUAUAUUGCCAGGAAUCCUAAGGACAUGGUGGUAUCCUUGUUCCAUCACUUCUGCAACGUACAGCUCCAUAAUUAUACUUGUACCUUCGACAGUGUCAUGAAACAUUUCAUGAAUGACGAUC